GGUCGUGUAUAAAUCCCAGGAGGAGAAACUAAAACUGGUUUCAUGGCUCCAGGAUGGAGGGGUUCCUGUCCACGGUCCCCCCCUUCAACAUCCACGGCAGUUCGGCGUGCCCUCCUCCGAUUCAUGGCGGCAGCUGGGGGAAGAGAGGGGGCCGUUUUCUCAUCCCUCAGGGCCUCAACUACUUUGAGAUCUGCAAGACCAUCCUGUCCCAAGUCAACCACAGUUUACCCCCUGCACCACCUUGCAGGAAGGCGAACACCAAAGAGUGCGGCGUGCAGGUGAACGCCAAAGUAGAUAAGAUCGUCCAAUGUUCUCUUGGUCCAAAGACGCUGCUUUUCGACGAACCUCCCACCUCCUGCAAGACCCCCGAAGAGAGCCUCUGUGCGACCAAAGCGGGGGGAAAGGCGCUCUUCGGCACGCCGCCCGUGAGCAACCUGCGCUUCCUCCGACCUGUGUCCAUCUACUCGCCGGUGUUUGACCGCAGGGUCUACCUGAAGAGUCUCAGCGACGGCGCUGGACGGGGUCCAGCUGAAGCCUCUGAGCAAGCCAAGUCUGAUACUGACACGGAUCAAAGUGGCGAGGACUUAGAAAAGGACUUCAAGACUACGGUUCCCCGAUCCUGUAAGAACUCAAACUUCCAGUUCCUGGAACAGAGAUAUGGCUUCUUCCACUGUAAAAAAUGCAACAUCCGGUGGGAGAGUGCUUAUGUUUGGUGCAUCUCUGGCACCAGUAAGGUGUACUACAAGCAGCUCUGCCGGAAGUGCCAGGUGGGCUUUAACCCCUACAGAGUGGAGUCUAUCGUUUGCAAGGGUUGUUCUCAGACUUGCUGCAGCUGUGAGAAGAAGCAGAGACACAUCAACAUGAAGAGGCCUCACCGUCAGGACCUGUGUUGCCGCUGUAAAGGGAUGAGGUUGUCAUGUGAUGCCACCUACAGCUUCAAAUACAUCGUCUGAGCUAAUGUAAUGUCGCUGAAUGUCGCAUGGUUUGAGAGUUUGGGGACAUGCUAAAGUCCAUGUCACUGGAACCUGCCUCUUAUUCACCUAUCAGCAACAUCCUGAACCUUUGCCCUGGUGGUACAUUUCAGAUCUCUAAAAUAGUUUUUUUUUUUUUCCCCUCUCUAUGUGCUCAUGUAAAACAUGAAAAGUAUUUUUGUAAAAAUAAAUAAAGUUUAUGAAUUAUAAA